CAUGAUUUCCCGCCACCAACCUGCACCAAACAUCGCCGGCCAUGCACAACCACGCGUCGCCGUUUCUCGCAGCGGCAGCUCUGGCCCUGGCGCCGACCGCGCUGGCCUGGGGCACCGUCGGACACGCGACGGUGGCGUACAUCGCGACGGGGCUGAUGAAGCCCGAGACGGCCAGCUACUGCCAGCAGGUGCUGGGCGACACGAGCGGCGAUUUCAUCGGCGGGAUCGCGUCGUGGGCCGACUCGUACCGCUACGAGCCCGGCGGCGGCUUCUCCUCGGCGUUCCACUACAUUGACGCGCUCGACAACCCGCCCUACACCUGUGACGUCGACUUUGACCGUGACUGCACCGCCGAGGGCUGCAUUGUCAGCGCCAUCAUGAACUACACCAACAUCCAGCGCGCACAGCACGACGCCGAGUCGCUCAAGUUCCUCGUGCACUUCCUCGGCGACAUCCACCAGCCGCUGCACGACGAGAACUACGGGGCCGGCGGCAACAACAUCACGGUGCUGGUCGACGGCGUAGCGUGGAAGCUGCACGCGGCGUGGGACACGGCCUUCAUGACCAAGAUUACGGGCGGCACGAACCUGGCCGCGGCAAAAACAUUCUCGGCCCGCCUACUCACAAGCAUCCGCAGCGGCGUGUACGCGUCCGCGGCCAAGCGGUGGUUCCGCGCCACCCUGGCCGACAGCCAGGCGGCCGCCAUGGGCUGGGCCAACGACGCCAACGACCUCGUGUGCUCGCACGUGCUGCCGCAGGGCCCCGCCGCUAUCGAGGGCGCGGAGCUGAACGGGACUUAUUACAGGGAUGCUGUGCCUGUGCUCGAGCUCGCCAUGGCCAAGGCCGGCUGGCGCCUCGCCGCGUGGCUAGACCUGAUUGCCACCGGCUCGACGCCGCUGGGGACGGCAGCGGGCGCGUGUAAGCAUGCGAGACAUGUGUAA